UCGAUCCUAAAUCACCAAUUCACCACCAGAGCAUCCUGAAUCCUGAAAAGGAUCGCAAUUCCAAUAAACCCCACGUCCAUCCCGCGUACCAAUUUGGCCCAUCUUUCCCGAGUAUCAUUGGUACUCGUAAGGAUCGGAGAUUCGGAGGCUGCGUCUCAAUUUGCCCCAUCCUUAUUACCGUCUCCCCGCGUGGCAUACAGCUGCGUAUAAUACCAGCUACUCUCGGCGAGCGCCCACGAAGCGGAAGAUGUUGGAAUUCAGGCCUAAACCCUGCUCUCACGAAAGCAACAACACGCACUUAUUCCGGCGAGACGCGCACGUACAAUACUCUCAGCAAGCUGAUCGAUUGCUAGCAGCUAAUACGCACUUCAAAAGCACACACACGAGAAACGAUUGAUUUGGAUGGCUACAGACAGUUUUACCUGCAAGGUGUCACACAAAGCUAUUGAAGAUGCUUUAAGGAUGUUUGGUUGCUCAGUAAUGGAAGGAAAGGGAACUAAGGUUGGCAUGCACCGGCGGAGCUAGGAUUCUAGGCAUGGGUAUGCGAAGCCUUUUUUUUGGGACAAGGAACCAAUCAAAGAGGGAGGAGGACGGCAGGUGUAGCAACGGAGGCGAGGAGAUGUCGCCAUGCAGAUACAUAAGGGGCUGAUAAUAUUGGUCGUGUAGGGUUCGAGCUCGAUGCCUUAGCUGGAUAUGAAUUCAUAUUUAGCUUUGCGGCACUACACAUAUGUACAUGAUCGGAUGGCUAGACAUAGAAACUCAAAAGGUCACAAUCCAAAUCUCACCGCCAAUGAAACUAAUAUGUAAGGAACGUCUAACGAGCAAGCCACAUUGGCAUGGGAGGAUGGUAAGACAUUGGUUCUCCGUACAAAUAUAUAGGUUGAAAUUUAAAAGGUAGCAAACGUUAUGCUAGUAGGAUUUCGGUAAAAAAAAACGUUAUGCUAGUAGGAUAUCUAGUACACAUACUAAUAAUACGGCGUAUAUCAAAGGAAACGGUUUUGGAUACGCCCUCGCCCCUCGCUUAUCUCAUUAUUCAGUACUAGCCUUUGAGUAUGUUCAGCUGGCGUAAUGUUUUUGCACUGCAAAAUCCACCAGGCCGUGCAUGUGGGCUGUCUAGAGCAGCUUUGUUUCUAAGCCUACUUUUCAUUUCUGUAUUUGGCCUUUUCAAUUGUUUUUUGUUGUAUCUCUUUGGAUUUGGUCCAUUUUCAGCCAGGGAACUAGAAGCAUGCAACCUGUGUCAUUUCUUUUUUUGAAAAUACACAAAACCAUUUAUUUUUCAUGUUAUUUUAAGGAUUAUUUUUAUGCAUCCCAAUAUAUAUUUGUUCGUAUCACUUACACUUCCUUUAGUAGCCAGUAAAUUUGCGCGUCGACCCCAUGGAAAAUUCGCAUGUCAACAAUGUGCAAUCUUUUUCAUUUAAAAAACAUUUUUUCUUCAUUAAAAUAUCCCUCUCAUUUCACGUGUAAUUUUAGAAGCGUGCAUAAACUUUCAACUGCAAUUUUUAGAAUCGUUAGAAUCACGGAUAAACAUUCACCUGCAAUUUUUAAAAUCGUGCAUAAACUUUCACCUGCAUUUUUAGAAUCGUUAGAAUCGUGCAUACACAUUCACCUGCAAUUUUUAGAAUCGCACAUAAAUUUUCACAUGCAUUUUUAGAAUCGCGAAUAAACUUUCACCUGCAAUUUUCAAAAUCACACAUAAACUCACCUUCAAUUUUUAGAAUCGUUAGAAUCGCGUAUACACAUUCACCUGCAAUUUUAGAAUCAUGCAUAAACUUUCACCUGCAAUUUUUAAAAUCGUGCAUAAAUUUUGACCCGCAAUUUUUAGAAUCAUGCAUAAACUUUCACCUGCAUUUUUUGGAAUCGCGCAUAAAUUUUCAACUGUAAUUUUGAAAAUAUGAUUGUUAUUUUGUUUGCCCUUUUCCUUUCUCCGUUUUUAAAGAAAUUUUCAUGACGAUGCACGUGUUAUGGUUUAUUGAGGAUGGCUCAUUUUUCCAGACGAAGCACCGAGCAGAAGUACAAAAGCCCAAGGCCCAUGUUAGGAUGAUUAACCUCCUCUGUGCAGAAAACCCAUUGUUUUACUUUCACCUGCAAAUAGUACCACACCUAUCGAUAACAAAUAGUCCUAUCGAACUGGUUGUCACAAAAUCAAACGGCUUGGGCUGGUCGACUGAGAAACUCUUAUUCUCAGCCGACUGUGCCGUAGUGAGACCCAACUAUUAAAAUCUGGGUCGUCCUCGUCCCAAUUCCCAAAUGGAUGGUCCUUAGUAAUUUGUGAGUGUCCGAGAGAAAUAGUCCAUCCCUCCAGCCGAAAUUACUUGUUACAGAUUUAGUACACCAAAUAUUGUAGCAUUUGAAAUACAGAAAAUCUAUGCUGAUUCCCUGUCUUUUGGGUUCUUCAGGCGAGCACAUGAUGUCGGACCGGUUGCUAGGUCCCCGGUAUUUGCAUUCUUUAGGCAAGCUCGUGAUGUCUGAUCGGCUCCUAGGGCUAUUGAUAGCAGGCGGGACAAUAAUAUCGGCUCGUGACAAUUUUAUGGUAUCCUCAGACGAUGAUGCCAAAAUAUACCGGGAGCGGGUGACCGGUUCAGCAGAGGUUUUCUUUUCCUUUCUCCAUUUUGCCGUGAAGUCGUACGAAUUGAUCCCGAAGGAACGGCUGCCGGUGCGGCUGUUGACGUUGCCGAUCAAAUUCCCUCAUAACCUCCGGAUCUACAGAGACACGGCCUUCAUCGUGUUCAUAUCUUACAUGUUGUUACUCGACAUCGACCUGAGCUACUUCUGGCUCGCCACCUUCCCCGCCAUCCCCAUUGUCGGGAUGUCUGCACACUGUAUCAAGCUCUAUCUUGCAGGUGAACUUGGUACUCACAACGGCAGCAAAAUGAUGACGUUCACAAAGGGAUCUGACAUGGCUCUCACGGUGAUGGCAUCGGUGCCCUUCAUAGCGCUAUUGGGGAUGGCGCAACUGGAUGAUAAGAGAGCCGAUAGGUUUGUUAUCUCCCCGUUCCUCCUGUUCCUGAGCACCACGCUGGGGGCGCUGACACACAUGAUGACGAGGCUGCCCUCCCGCGCCGGCUCUCCCGGUCCCGGCGCAUGGGAGUUGCUCCACAAGACCUUUCUCCUGCUGCUGCUGGUGACACUGCAUACGGUGGCCGCGGAGGCGCUGGGCGAGGACGUUGUCCUGGUCUGCAUGCCAGAGCUCGUCCCGGUGGUUAUGUGGUUCAGCCUUCACCUCGACCGCGACAGCUCCAUCAUCAGCCUUGACAAUAUGAGACGAACAUUCAAGGAUGCACCCAUCGUUCGCGGUGCAGUGGUCAUCGCAGGUCCUCUCCUCGUGUACCUGUGGACCUACAUGGAUAGAUGGUGGAUCUCCACUUGCUCAGCGAUUUUGGUAUCCUGUGGUAUCUCAGGGCUUCUGACCUCCAAUCUUGUGCUCAUGUUGCACCAGUGGCCGAUGCAACAAGCUGCUGCUGCCGAUAUAAGCCUCCAGUCUAAGAAGUCCUCAGAGGAGGAUGUGCAGUCUGAAGAAGAAGCUGUGGAUUCAUCAGAGGAGGCUGUGCGGUCUGAAGAAGAAGCUGUGGGUUCAUUGGAGGAACAAGCUGCGGGUUCAUCGGAGAAGGCUGUGCGGUCUGGAGAACAAGCUGAUGGCUCAUCUGAGGCUGUGCAGCUACUCGAGCUUUGGGCAAUUCUUUUGCUCACAGUGGCAGUUGCAUCGCUGCUUCUCAAGUGUGCCAUUGCUUACCGGCUUGGCCUGCAAGAACCACUGGCUGAUACAUGUGCUCUGCCGAAAUUUUCAAUGGAUGUACUCGGUAAUUUAUUUGGAAAAUGGGGGCAGACAAACUAAUACUCCACAGCAUGAUUUGUACGGUACAGUAGACUAAAUGUGCAGUAAGUCUUUGCUUUUUUGCGCCCAAAACACUAAGUAUUGCGUACAGUAAAGUUGUGCAUUGGUAGUGUAGAAAACAUUGCAAGGCCAUGCAUUUGUGCAAGAUCCACAUAUGUGCAUACCGCUGUGUGUUGUCGUAAGUGGCUGUGUAUUCACAUAAAUUCAUAAAUAUCUAGUGUGAAAAUUGAGUACUUUAUUGUGACA